AGAGAGAGAGAGAGAGAGAGAGAGAGAGAGAGAGAGAGAGAGAGAGAGGGGAGAAGUAGAGAAAAGCCUUUUUAAAGAGAAGGAUAAAAAAUGAGCAACAAAAACUCCUCUUCUGUUUCCAUUGUCAUCAUUUCUCAUCUCAGAUCUUAAUUUGCUUCCCAUUUUCUAAACUGGGUCAUUUCCAAGAUGGAAGCUUGGGUUGUUUUCUGAUUGGUGCAUGAAGUUUUCAGAUGAUCCUAGAUUGGAUUUGACAACUACCCACUUUGUCUUUGAUCAGGUUCUGUCUAUAAUUCAUAAGAAAAGAUAAGAUGGAAUCAGAUCUUGGUAAACUCUUCAUUGGUGGGAUAUCUUGGGACACCGAUGAGGAACGUCUCAAGGAGUAUUUCAGGAAGUAUGGGGAAGUGGUGGAAGCAAUGAUCAUGAGAGAUCGUGUCACAGGUCGUGCCCGUGGCUUCGGUUUCGUUGUCUUUGCUGAUCCUGCUGUUGCUGAGAGGGUAAUUAUGGAUAAGCAUAUGAUUGAUGGUCGCACGGUUGAGGCAAAGAAGGCUGUUCCUAGGGAUGAUCAACACAUUCUAAACAGGAACGUGAGUAGCAUUACUGGAUCUCCUGGUCCUGGACGCACAAAAAAGAUUUUUGUUGGAGGUUUAGCAUCUACAGUCACCGAGGGUGACUUUAAGAAGUACUUUGAUCAGUUUGGUUCAAUUACUGAUGUUGUGGUGAUGUAUGAUCAUAACACGCAGAGGCCGAGAGGGUUCGGCUUCAUUACUUAUGAUUCAGAGGACGCGGUAGACAGAGUCCUGCAUAAAACAUUCCAUGAACUCAACGGGAAAUUGGUUGAGGUCAAGAGGGCAGUUCCUAAAGAACUAUCUCCAGGCCCCAGCCGCAGCCCUAUGAUUGGAUAUAAUUAUGGCUUGAGUAGGGCUGCCAACUUCCUCAAUAGUUACGCUCAGGGAUAUAAUCUUAGCCCACUUGGAGGAUUUGGAGUCAGGAUGGAUGGUAGGUUUAAUCCUCUUGCUAGUGGUCGAACUGGGUUUCCUCCAUUUAGUACCACUGGAUAUGGAAUAGGUAUGAAUAUGGAACCAGGAAUGAGUCCAAGCUAUGGUGGGAGUUCCAACUUUGGCAACGGUCUUGGAUAUGGGAGAAUAAUUAGUCCCUAUUACAGUGGGAAUUCAAACAGGUAUAACACACCUAUUGGCUAUGGUGUAGGAAGUGGAAGAAAUGAUUCUGUUUUGAGCUCUGCUACUAGGAAUGUCUGGGGAAAUGGAGGCCUAAGCAAUGCCACAAAUGCUUCCAGCCCUGGUGGUUACUUGGGGUCUGGAAGUGGGAGUUUUGGUUCUUUAGGAAAUAGUGGAGUAAAUUGGAGCCCUUCUCCUGCACAAAGUGGAGGGAAUGCUUCUGGCUAUACUGGGAGUGCUGGUUAUGGGAAUGCUGAUGAUAACUAUGGUUUGGGAGGGGUAGGAUAUGGAAGAAACGGUGCAACUGUUGCAGCUCCAACAUCAUCAUUUGCUGGGUCAACUGGUAGUUUUGAGGGGUCCUAUGGGGAUAUCUACCGCAGUGGUUCAGUUUAUGGUGACUCAACUUGGCGGUCUGCAACUCCUGACUUAGAUGGCUCUAGCUCAUUCAGUUAUGGGCUUGGCAAUAUAUCUUCAGAUGUUGCUGUGCGAACUUCUGAGGAUUAUGUUGGAAGUUACAGUGUUGCAAGUAGACAGUCUAAUAGAGGAAUUGCUGCCUAGGAGAGCUGUUACUUGGAUAUCAGAAGUUAUAAUGUAGGUUUGAAUGAAUUUGCGCAAACAGGUGAAAAGUUUGUGAAUUUGAUACAACUGCCUCAGUACUAUGUCAGCUUACACGGAAAUUGAUCUUAUAGCACUAACGAGGGUUAUUGAUUUGAAAUAUACACAUUCAGAGUGAGCAGUUACAAGGGAUUUUGUGUAAGGUUUGAGAUUUGAUUUUUUUUGCUUUUUUAUUUUUAAUAGUGAAAAUUUAGGUCCUUUCUUGGCAUUUGAGUGAGGUGUAAAAUCAGAUUGCGGGAUAUAUACUCCGGAUGAUUGGUUCCAAUUAAUGUACCAUGCAUCUCCAGCAAGGCGUGCCGGUAGUAGUACAUCAAAACAAUAGGGUAUUAAUUUUUUUUCCUUUUUUUUUGGUAAUUUUUUCAGCUGCUGUAAUGCCUGGCAGAGUUGCUGGUUCUUGUCCUUAUAUUUCCUUCAUAUUAUCUGGGAUUGUUUUUCUCUCAGAAUUGUAAGGACUUUCUGUUCAAUUUACUAGUGUGAAACAUUAGAGGGAUAUCCAUAUAAAAUCCCAAUCAAAUAAGUUACAAAGUAUUCUGAUUCAUUUGUUAUUUACAUCAAACAACUUUAUUCGCCAUAUAUGUAAUAACUGUUUGCUUU